AUGGGGCAGCUCCACAUUGUGUGUGUGUGCUGCGGUGUGGUAUAUAGUUCCCGCCACUAUCCAAUAUAUUGGACCAAGAAGGGCGCCAUUUUGGACUCCCGCGGAGCCGGGAAGAUAUCUGUCAAUGAGACCGAUGACGUCACGCUCAUUUGCUAUUCCAGAGGUGAACCACCGCCAUUUAAUUCCUGGGCUAAAACAAACGAUGAUGGAGAGGUCACAUAUAACACAACACUUUCAGAGAAGAAAUCGAAUGGAAAUUUAACGUUAACUAACGUAUCAAGAACGCAGAGUGGAAUAUAUAGAUGUCAGUCUACUAACACAUAUGGGAAUGAUACAACAGAUGUGGAACUUGAAGUACAAUAUGCCCCGGAAGUACUAACCUACCAAACCGACAUCCGGGCUGCUCCUGGCGAGGCACUUUCAAUUGUUUGUAAUGUCACAGCUUUGCCCGAGCCUCUGGAUUUCUAUUGGUUAAAGGAUGACGUCAGAAUCAAAGAUGGCGACGAAGAUGAUGAGGGGUCGAUUCCUAACGCGAUCUCCCUGUCAUGUUUCCCCACUUUUACUCGGUUUGUGAUAUUUAGUCUAGACCCAAGUAAGGACUAUGGAAAUUACACAUGCGUAGCAACAAACCAAGUUGGCACAUCUACAGCAACAGUAAACAUAAACGGUCGCCCACCAGCACCAGUGAUACUGGAUGAUGAAACACAAGGUCGCUAUGGUCGUUUUCACACCUUGGUAUGGUCUCCAUACUCCGAAACAGAAAGCGAUAACUCCCAGCUGACUGAUAUUCCUAUUUCACGGUACGUCAUUCAAUAUCAACGACAAGAUGCAGAGAAAAUCUCAAACUCGAGAGAACUUGAUGAAAUCAAUGAAGUAUCUGUGAGAUGGCCAGACGAGGCUUUAUCAGCAGCACCGGGCAGACACGGGUCGUUUGUCCUGGAGAACCUGAUUGAGAAUAGCUCCUACGUUGGUCUGCUUUGUCCUGGAAACGACCACGGUCUGGGAGAUUGUACACCGUUCACAUUCACGACGUCAGACGUUGUACAAAAACGUCCACCAGAACCUAUUUCUGAAAUUGAAUGCGUUGGUGCAGAUCCAUGUAAGGGGGUGUGGCUUCCGAAUUCGGCUGCGGUGAGAGAUUCACCUGUUACCAUGGUUACAAUAUCAACAGGCUUCAUAGUUUGGUUGUUGAUGACGUCAUUAUGAUCACAGUGAACUAUCAUAGUUUAUUCAUUCAUUUAUUUAUUUAU